AUGUCAAGAUUAUCAAGACUACCUUAUUUUCUGUCAUACUUUCUAGGCUAUAGAAAACCAGAUCAUAAGCAAAAGAUAUUACCACUAUGGAAAAUUUGCUUUUGGUCGUUUUUGGCUGCUUGGGUGGGCAUUGCUGUAUUAGAGAUUAUAUUUGUCUAUGCCCCUUCAUUUCAAGCACAUCAUACGCCAAUGAUUAUUGCAUCAUUUGGUGCUAGUGCUGUAUUGAUUUAUGGUGCAAUUGAUGCUCCUUUAGCUCAGCCUCGAAAUGUCAUAGGUGGGCAGAUAAUCGGAUCAAUCGUAGGAGUUGUCAUUACACAAUUAUUCCUUGGUAUUAAGCAUAAUUGGCCCUCCGAGGAACAAAGAAUAGCCGUACAAUGGGUAGCUGGUGCUACUGCAAUGGCUACUUCCUUAGUUAUCAUGCAAUUGACCAAAACGGUUCAUCCUCCUGCAGGUGCAACUGCACUCAUCGCUGUUACGACGACGAAUGUGAUCGAUAUUAAAUGGUUUUAUAUUGGUGUUGUUACUUUAUCCGCUGUCAUACAAGUGACCAUUGGCUGCUUGAUUAAUAAUAUAGAAAGAAAAUACCCCUCCUAUUGGUGGAAGCCUAAUCGAUUACCUCUGCAGGUUGAUCCUUCUACAUUAGGCACUGUCAUGCCCUCGCCACCAGACUAA